CCCGCGCACGGCUCUUCUUGGCGCACGAGCCGGCGUUGAUGCGCGGCCAACCACCUCACAACAAAGCGCGUCGACUCCAACGCCCAUGGGGUGAAAGGCCAACGACGGGCUGCUCGAUUUUUCCUCUUGCUAUAACUUAUAAUUGAAUUCUUGCACCAUCUCUUCUCCACCUCAACUUUCUUGCGCGACGAAUUCCCGCGACGUUCUAUCUCCAUUUCACCACGCGACGCUGCUCAUGUUGUCGCAUACGCGCUGGAAACUCACAGAGUUCGAAUGUCGGCCCCCAUGAGCGACAAUGCAGACUCUACAGGCUUCGUGUUGCCAGAGCUCUCCGAAAGGGACUUGAGCGAUCAAGCUGUGGAAAUUCUCUACGACAUAGUGCAGCGCACUCAAUUAUCAUCAGAUCGUACCGAAGAUGCCCUCUACAAUGCCUGCGAUGAGUUACUCGACGAGAGGAGGCGGACACGUGGAUAUCGCGGUGAAGACGUUGGUGUGGACGUUCUGUACAAGUUCUUGAGACUCAUGCAGGAUAGAAAAAAAAGAGGGGAGAGUCUUGUUCAGCGAUAUCAACGGGUGAUGCAAGAGAUAGGUGUCACCAUCGACGUGGACGAAAAUGGAGACGGUGUUGACGUCACUACCCCGUUUCGCAUAGCAACGAGAGAUGCGCUCGCUGAAGAACCAGAGCCUCUGCCACGCAAAAGGUUGCAUCUUGAACGUGGGAGGCACGCGAGCUUCGAUUCGUUUCUGGAUGGUAGCGCGGACAAGAUUGCAGGGCCCACGGAUACCGGUCAUUUAAGACGAGGCUCGGAUGGCACCACAGCAAACGAGGUUUUGGAGGCGAGGGCGCUAUCGCAGCAUCAAGGUAGUCUUCCAAUUCGCACAAGGAAAGAUGGGAUUGCGGCCGACACGCGUCGGGUGUCUUCCGGUCAACAUGGACCGCCUCCCAAAUCUGCCGGCUCCCUGGAUGGUAACGACAGUCUGCGCAUUCGGCGCUCUGUUCAGGGCCCACCAUCCGCAUACGAUACUGAAAGUGAAAGUACAUCCGAAUUCGAUUUUUCUCGUGUUCAGAUACCGGGCGUCAAUUCCCCCAUCCCAAACGUACCUCAUUCACAAAUGCAAUCCUACGCACCGGAAGCGUUUCGCCCUUCUGACACUCGUUUAUUGGAUGACGCUGAAAUGUUCGCAAACCGACGACUCCGUGCUCUUCUCCGAAGAUGCAUUGAAUGUUGGCGGGAACGGACGCAAGAGCAGAUCAAGAGGAACGAAGACAUGGAUCGUGAUGCGGUUGCACUCGAUCGUAGGAGGCUUCUGAAAGACUCCAUGGGUGACAUGCGUGUUGGAUCUGUUCAAAGGCGCAACGCUCGGGAGACGGAUCGAUUUUUUCAGAAAUUUGAAGCUCGCGCCGACAAAGCCAGAGACCUGUUCCUGCUGACUAAGUCGUUCACUCAUUGGGCGAAAAGCGCAGAAGAGGAGGUUCAAAGGACAUCUGUUGCACGUCGUCAUAUCCUUCGAACCCGGUUCUUCAACGGCUGGCGAGAGAUUACAGCCAUCAAUGAACUCAAGAUUCAACACUUCAUUUUGGGACGGUUCCUCAAGAAGUGGUGUCGACGAAUGGACGAAGUCACAUACCGCCAGGAAUUCGCUGGAAAUAUGUACAAUGAGAAACUGGCACGCAGGGUUUACAGAGACUGGUUCUUCAGGUACUGUGAAGGACUUGCUCCGGUGUGGCGUGAGGUCCGGAUAAGGCGAGCCAUAUUCCAGAGAUGGCACGAAAUUGUCACUCUUCUUCGAGACAGGGACAAGGGGGCCACAGAUCGCAAAGAGCGGCAGUUGCUGCGUCGAUCGCUAGAUGUUUGGAAAAAUAAAGUCGUCACAGUUCAACUUCUAGAGCCCGAAGGCGAUCGAUUCCGACGAAGAUCAAUGCUACAGAACACGGUCUCCACUCUACGCAGGCACUCCCAAUUCGCGCCUCUCCUCGAUCAGUUUCAGACCCAAUCAAACACGCAUCUUGCUGCGAGAUUCCUCACAUUAUGGAGACGCCACACGAUACUCUCCCAACAAGCCAAGGCAGCUGACCAGAUGCGGCUUCUACGUAAUGCAUGGACUGCUUGGAACGAUCGUUUGCGCAUAAAAGCCUUGGAAGAACGCAUCAAUGAUCGCGUGCUCGUGGAAGCCAUGUACAGAUGGGCGCUUGCGUCUCGCGUCUCGCUCAUUCAGCGCGUACACAGUCAGACUACCAAACAGUCUGCCUUUCUCACUUGGGUCACUCGAACCGAUGAACGCCGCAAUACCCUCGAUGGUGCUGAACGAAGGUUUGCCCAGUUCAAACGAGCGCAACUUCUACGCAUCACGCUUCGCAAGUUAGAAGUAGCCACCGCUGAGAAGAGAGCCGAAGAGUUCGCCAUCAAAGCUCAGUAUGAGCAAAGGCUCAAGCAACAAUUCUUGGAUAAGCUUAAACAGAAAAACAGCCAUUUUGGUCAAUUGAAUAGAUGGGCUGAGGAUGCGAGGUUCUUCGUAUAUACUACACGAACACUCAAAACCUGGAGCGCCGCCACCCAGCAUGCUCGCAGAGUUCGGAGGCGCGACGCAUAUUCUCAGAUGAGGAGGAGGGUGAAGAUGAAUCUUGUCAAGAAAGCAUUUGCUUCGUGGAGAGCAAAGACUGAUGUUUGGAGAGAGAAAGAGACACAGGCAAACGAAAUCGCGAGGAACCGGACACUAGACCUUGCGGCCACCCUACUAUCGCACAUAUACAACCGGGCGACAGCCCUUCGCACCGCGGAUGCAGAAGCUCAACAGCACUACGUAGCCAGACUCAAAUACCACUAUCUAAACACCUGGACUGAUCGGAUCGUUGCCAUCCAAGCCAAGGACGAACUGGCAGUCGCGCUACGCCAGGAGAAUACCGAGGUAGCAGGCCUUUUGGCGCUCAAAAAACUUGGUUGGCGCCUUUGGAAUAUACAGAGACAAGAGGAGAAUGCCGUUGCGUUGUACCAGAGGAAUUUCGAGAAACACCAGAGGACCAUGAUCAAAUACUGGUAUGGACGGGCCAUGGAACUCAGGGCUGCUCGGCCCACCAGUCCAACGCCGUCAAGACGCACACGAGGUGGAAGAGGCAAUGAAGGCAGCGGGAGUGCAAGUGGCAGCGGCCCCCGACCGACUAUAAGUCCAGACAACGACGAAAAUGAGGCAAACAGAGAAGGCCCUCACGACCCCGACGCCGAUACCUCCACGCCCUUCUCCGACGCAGGCUCCGAAACCCAACGCCUCGAGUCCUGGACCGCCUUCGACGAAAACGCCCUGGGCUUGGACAAUCUGGACCUCUCGCUCUCCUUCUCACCGCCCCCGGCACCCCCAGCAUCCCUUCAGCCCCAAAGCCUAUCAGUCCCACCAACACCCGUCGCUCCCCAGUCCACCCGCCGCGUCCCCAUGUCUUCCUCCUCCCGCCGCCCCCAGCCCCCCGCACGACGACCCAUCACCUUCCUCCCGCAACCGCCUCGCUCCAUCCUACGCACCCGCGCUGCUCCCGAAGAUCUCGCCUUCGACGACCCCUCGCUGUUCCUCACGUCCACGCCCAUGCCGCCGCCCUCCGCGAAACCGGGCUACCUCAAGACACCCAGCAAGCGCAGCGUUGUGCGGAACAAGCGUUCAGAACACCAGCACCCGUUCCUCCCGCCGAGCCCCGAGAAGCGCGGCAUUGGACGUGUAGGCGGCGGCCGAGGCGUGGCGGGAUCCAUGAGCGCGCCGCCCGUGCCUGUCAACAGGGAGCGAUUGUUUGGAAUUGGUCGGGGUGGAGGGGAGGAGGGUGCGGAAGAUAAAGUGACGAGUUUUGAACAGCGGCUUGUACUUGGUGGUGUUUUGAAUAGCAAGGCCGGUGGGAAAGGAGGCAAUGCGACCAGAGGGAGAGAGCGGGUUGUUGGGUUUGGAGAUGUCAGUCAUUUCGGAUGA